AUGAACUCGGUACGCCCGGCGCGGAGCGUCUUGUCGAGAUGCGUCUCUUCCGCCUCGAGCGCACCGGCCGCCCUUCCCUACCGUCUAUUCCACAGCUCCGUUGGCAGGUCAGGUCGGAGGCGGUCACGAUUUAACAAUAUCACCGCCGAGAAGAUGGGUCUGACAACCCCUGAUGCCAUCGAAAAGUAUGCGAAACAACACUUCCCCGAGUACACGGAACAGCAAAAGGAGUUUCUGAAGGAGAAGUACACCCCCGAGCAGUGGGAAGCUCUCCAGGCCGCCGAGGAGGCCAUUGACCCGAAAGAUUUGGCGAUCCAGGGUCGGUUACGGACGGAUCCUUACACGCAGCCCUAUAUCGACGACUUCUCAACGGUCCAGCCCAUCAUCGAUGCGAAACCCCAAGCGCCCGCGAAGCCCGUGGAGCCGAAAUGGCUCCCGAGGAGAAUGUGGAUCGACGACUACAUUGAGAAGAUGGCCGACAGGGUCGGCGGCCAGAUGCAGGACACCAUGGGCAAGGCGUUUGCCCGGGCGCUGCGCAACAUCUCAAAGACGAACCCCGCGAAGCUCGACUUCACCGAGGAGGAGCUGCACGAGCUCGAGACCAACCCCGAGUUGCGCCGCAAAUUCCUUGUCGACAACGAGGCCGACGUGCUUGGGGCGAAGAAGGAGAAGAAGGCCGGGGCGGCGUCUAUCGCAACCGACGACUGGCUGAAGCAGUUUGACCAGGAAUUCUUCAACGAGCUGGAGGGCUCCCUGAGCACCUCGGAGAACCCUCUUCGCUCCCGCGUAGCCUUGUGGAAGGAAGCCGACGGCAAGGGCACUUCGGCGCUCGCCCCUGAGCUCGGCAAGGUCGAGGGUGUCAAGGGACUCUACCAACCUCCGGAAGACGUCGAGGACGACGGCCUCGACCCCACGGGUCGCUUCAUCAAGCUCAAGCAGGCCACCGGCAUGAAGAUUAGCGAUAUCCUCUCCAUUCUCACCAAGAGAGUCGUCGUUCGAUCCGUUUCUAACCAGACUCGUCUGGGCAAGAUCCGCAGUGCUUCCGUCAUCGUCGUAGCCGGUAACGGAGACGGCAGACUGGGGUUGGGAGAGGCUAAGUCGACGGACCCCGGUAUUGCAACAGCGACGGCCACGCUUCUGGCUAUCCGCAACAUGAAGCCUAUCCGCAGAUACGAAAACCGCACCAUCUACGGCAACGUCGAGACUAAGAUCUCGGGAACUGUUGUGCAGCUCUUUGCCCGUCCCCCAGGCUUCGGACUCCGCGUCUCUCACAGGAUAUUCGAAAUGGCCCGUCUCGCCGGUAUCCACGAUCUGGCGGCCAAGAUCCCCCGCUCCAAGAACCCUUACAACACCGUCAACGCCGUCUACAAGGCCCUCAUGAACCAACCUGAUCCGGAGGAGAUUGCCAUUGGUCGCGGAAAGAAGAUGGUCGAUGUGAGAAAGGUCUACUACGGCGGAUCUGUGUAUUAA